AUGAAGCCUAGAAGCAUCCGCUGCAUGAAGUUCUUUCUUGCUCUCUUCAACAUUAUUUUCAUUCUUUUUGGGUUAGCCCUAAUGGCGAUCUCAGUGAUCAACAUGCGUGAGCGCAAGACGAAACCAGAACAUUCUGCUCUUUCUCGAGGAGUGCUGUCUUUCCUUCUCACCCUGGGUCUCGGGCUGAUGGUGACAGCUGUGCUGGGCUGUGUUGGGGCCUUGAGGGAAAAUAUCAAGAUACUUUAUGUGCACGCCUGUUUCCUCAUAUUCCUGGUGUCCGUGGAAGUCAUAAUUGGAGUUGGUAGCGCUGUGCUUAGCGCGUUUGUAGGGGGAUCCAGUGAACUUAGGGUCCAAUUCUAUAAGAACAGCACUGUUGAAGAUGAGAGUUCCAAUCAUCAGCCGUUUUGGGACAACUUACAAUCUGAGAAUCAAUGCUGCGGUGUAGAUGGUCCUCAAGAUUAUGCAAUCUUGGAUCGUGACAUUCCAGCGUCUUGUUGCUCACGAGCGCAUCCUCUACGCGAGGGAGGUGCUCGUCGGCACCUUCAUUCAUCGUGUAUAAAUGAUAAAUCUUAUUACACGAGAGGGUGUGAGGAAGUCUUGAGGGAGAAGAAAUCUUUGAAAGGAAACAUUUUUAUAACAACUGGCGUUAUUUUUAUACUGCUGGAGAUUGUUUGCAUCAUACUUGCCAUGUGGAUGGCUAGAUCGGUCAGAAAUGAACGUCGAAAACUUCAACAGAAUUUACAAGCACAUUUCGAAUCAUAA